GUGAGAACAGAGCAUGGAUUAUUCAAGAAUAUUCAUUAUCUCGAUCCACCCCUCUACAUCAAGCGAUGCGCGGGCCUGAUGCCCAAGCGCCUCGUAUUAAUAAGAAACACUCUAGUUUUUCUCGAUCAAGAGAAGUCAGUCUGAAAUAUACAAUCAUCGAGAGCAGUUAGGCUCAAUAUGAGAAACUCAACUUCGUUCUCACCCUCUUUAAAUUAUUGUUAAGAGUACAUUAACAAUAUUAUAAACUAAUUCAACUGUAUAUUUUCGAAUCACUCAAAACUGUUCAUUUAUUAUUGAAUACAUCGGAUUAAUAUAUAUUAAGAAAUAUAUAUAUUCAAACAACCAGUUAAUUACAACCACCGAAUGGUGGCUGUUCAACGCAUACUUAAUAAUUAUUUAUAAUUAUAUGGUGUUUUUAGUGUCUGAGUGGGGACGAGUGAAAAUUUCCGGGGGUCCUAUUAUAAAGGUUCGUAUCUGUGCAUAUUCGGUAUAUUCGAAAGAAAAAGUAGUGUAUUGUUCGACAUUAUUUUCGUGAUUUAACUGCUGAUUUAAUAUGAUGCCCCAACUUCAAGUGAACUACUGUGUGGAUCCGUUGUCCAAUUCUGAUAUCGGGUUAUGGAAUUUUUUCCUCGGUGUUUUGGUUUGGAUUACGUCGAUUUCCGGCUAUGGGCGACCCUGGAGGUUGAGUCGCAGGUCGAUGGAGGGGCUGUAUCAGUUCUUUCAGCGGAUUUUUGACCUGUACAAUUGUAUUUGCGUAGCGAAUGACCCCGAGUACCGUCCAGAUAUUAAAGGCAUGAUUUCGAUCGAUUCAAUUUACCGUCGUCGAAUGCAGCGGCGAGCCGAUCGUAACAAUUGGUUUUAUCAGCGGCUUUUGCGACCAGCUGACGUCACGGAAGGUGACGAUUUCGACUUCCUCGGUAUCCGUUGGAUGCAUAAGGGCCGCUGGGGGGAGGACCACCCUGCUGCGGACUGGGCUCAUCCUGCGUGGACCAAUCUCCCGGGAUUGGAACAUUUCUACUUUCUCGAGUAG